AUGCUCUUCCUCACAGCAUUAAGUAGUAAGUACUUUGCAAUGAAAUUUCAGGAAGCGAAAGAGGAGGCACUGCAUGAUCUUGAGAGCACUCGCAAAGCGCUAGAGAACGAAAUGAAGUUCAGUGACUAUCAAAAAAAGGAACGAGAACGACUUGAGACUCUUGUUGAAAAGUUCACCGAAGACCUCGCUAAGGCACAGAACUCACUAGCAGAGAAUGAGGAAACAGACAGGCAGAGGGUUCAAUAUAUUAGUGAGCUCGAAGUAAAGCUUCGCGCGCUUGAAAAGGAAAAUAGAGAACAACGGGAGUAUGCGGAGAAGCUGAAAUCACUUCAUGCUUUAGAUGCAGCAGCUGACGCCAUAAAACCGCGCCAAAUUUCACCCAACGCUGAAAAUCCGAAACCUAAUGGUGAGCAGGUGAAACAACUACAGGCAAAAGUCGAUGAGCUCACUGGUCGAAUUAACAGCCUUGAGGGACAACUGGCGUCAAAAGAUGAUAAACAGAAGACUACACGGAAUCCAACGAGAUGUCAAGUGGUACAGACUGAAAGACUCCAGAAUGAAACUCCAAGUGCACCUAAACCCACUAUAAGGAUCACACCAGAGGAGAACCAAAUGAAUUUCAGUGACUAUCAACAAAAGGAGCAAGAACGAUUUCAGCGUCCUGACCCGAUAUCGACGGAAGUUAAACGCCUUCAAGAAGAGCUUGCUCAAAAGGACCGCGUUAUUAAAGAUUUGCAACGUCCUGAUCCGACAUCGACGGAAGUCAAACGCCUUCAAGAGGCGCUUGCUCAAAAGGACUUCGUUAUUAAAGAUUUGCAACGUCCCGACCCGAAAUCGACGGUAGUUCAACGCCUUCAAGAGGAGCUUGCUCAAAAGGACCGCGUUAUUAAAGAUUUGCAACGUAAUGAACCGAGGUCAUCAGAAGUUCGACGUCUUCAGGAAGAGCUUGCCCAAAAAGACCGCAUUAUUAAAGAUUUGCGAGUAAGUGCAUCCCCUAUCCUGAAAAUCUUGCAUAUUACCUUCAAAAUAAGACAUUAUUUUUCUCCGUAA